AUGGCUACUGAUACAAUUUUGAUUACUUCCAAGUCUGUUGACAUCACCGAUGGACAUUCCGUGAGUUUGUUCACGGGUUUUCUGGAAGACCAUGUCCUUUCUAAAUGCAUGGUCACUGAGUCCAGUCCCAUUCAGGUUUACGUAUUAUCCCAGUUAAAGCGACUGGUCGUUGUGUCGCCAACCCAGGAGAUUUCAAAACUUAUUAUGGAGGAAUAUAAAACUAUAAGACACACCGUGGAGGAAUUCCAACACUACACAGUGGGCUAUUCGCUGUUCGACACUUCUACGCAUAUUACCAGAUCUUCUUCCAACCUCGAGAUACCGCCUGCCAAACGGAUCCUCUUGGUAUCGCCCCCCCAAUCGCCGCCACCAGGGUUUGACUUCCAUAGGCUAGAAGAUCGCCCGAAUUCUAACACAGGCCACGUUACCCCGGGGCGUGCCCCAGCUUCAACAUCGUCCAAUGUGAGUGCAUGCGACAAGGUUGAACCGGACAAGGCUUUCACGAUCCUCGAGAACAGUCUCGUUGCAAAUGUAGUACUCCAUACGUGCGAAACACCAAAGACAGAGCAUACACCGUCGAUUAUGGGGGUCCACACGGCUCUCCCUCCGCGUUCCAUAUUCGACUAG